AUGUGGGAUUCCGGCUCUUCCGUCGGUGAGAUCACGGGUCAGUCCAAGACCAUCCUCACCUGCGACUUCAAGCCCACGCGUCCCUACCGCAUCAUCACCGGCGGCGAGGACUUCACGGCCUGCUGGUUCGAGGGUCCCCCCUUCAAGUUCAAGAAGAGCUUGACGGAGCACUCGCGCUUCGUGACGUGCACCCGCUUCUCGCCCAACGGCGAAAAGGUGGCCACCGUGGGCCUGGACAAGAAGGGCAUCAUCUGGGACGGCAAGACCGGAGACAAGCUCGUGGAGCUGACCGGCCACACCCUGGGCGUGUACUCCGUCUCGUGGAGCCCCGACUCGCAGCAGCUCAUCACCGCCUCGGCCGACAAGACCGUCAGGCUGUGGGAUGCCGCCUCCGGCGAGUGCCUCACCACGUUCGAUCUGUCGUUCGGUAGCAACAGCGUGGACUACCAGCAGCUCGGCUGCCUGUGGCACCAGGACUACCUCGUGAGCGUGGGCCUCAACGGCAACAUCUACUACCUCGACCGCGCCCACCCCAACGAGCCCCGCCUCGUCAUCAAGGGCCACAACAAGUUUGUGACCGCCCUCGCGGCUGACCCGAGCCGUGGCCACGUGUACACGGGCUCGUACGACAGCCUCAUCAUCAGGUGGGACAUCGCCACGGGCGCCAGCGAGACCCUCACCGGCAACGGCCACUCCAACCAGAUCCAGAGGCUCAAGGUGGCCGGCGAGACCCUCGUCUCCGCCGCCAUGGACGACAGUGUGCGCUUCAACUUCACCAACAGCGGCGCCUACGGUGACGCCGUCUCCACCGACAGCUCGCCCCAGGACAUCGCCGUCAGCCGCGAUGCCUCCCUCACCGUGGCCGUCACCCUCAAGAGCGUGGUGGUGCUGCGCAACGGCCGCACGGCGUCGACCCUGAACGUGAGCUUCCAGCCGACGUCGGUGGCCAUCUCGCCCGACUCGCGCACUGUCGCGGUGGGCGGCAAGGACAACAAGGUGCACCUGUACGCCCUCAACGGCGACAACCUGAGCGAGACCCGCGUGUUGGACAAGCACAGGGGCGCCCUCACCGCCGUCGAGUUCUCGCCCAGCGGCGAGUUCCUGGCCACCGCCGACAGCGAGAAGCGCGACAUCAUCGUGUGGAACACGAGCGACUACUCGGUCAAGGUCGAGGGCUGGUGCUUCCACACCGCCGCCGUGCGCUCCAUCGCCUGGACCAGCGACUCGCUCAAGCUGGCCUCGGGCUCGCUGGACCAGGACGUCUACGUGUGGAACGUCAACCACCCGUCCAAGCGCAUCCACAUCUCCCGCGCCCACCAGGGCGGCGUCAACGCCGUCGCCUGGCUCGACGACCUCACCCUCGCCACCGCCGGCCAGGACAUGUCCUGGAAGACCUGGACCGUCACCCACCUCUAA